AUGGAGUAUCUUCCUAGUCUUCAACAGGAGUUCGAUGAGCAGAAGCCCUCGCUCUUCGAACUCCUGGCAGAGCAACAGCUCUCUGGUCUGAUCCCUCCAUCUUUACGCUAUCUUCUCGCAAUCGCAACACACCGCCACCCGCGCUAUCUCCUCCGGAUCCUCAAUUCAUACGAUGAAGUUUACGCCCUUAUCUCAUUAAUAGUCGAGCGGUACUACUUGCGGACAUUCGGCGGCUCAUUCACAGAGAAUUUUUAUUCAUUGAAACGUGAGCGCGUUCUCCGUAUCAAGAAUGGUGAGAUCCCGCGCGCCCAGGUCGGCGCCGCAGGCCCCGUUCGCGAGGCCCUGAAGCUACACUCAACGGACAUUUGGAAGAACUUGCUCGUCAUAGUUGGCAUUCCCUACCUGAAAUCCAAGCUAGACGAAGGAUACGAUAUCCAUGUAGCGCCGCACGCAUCCCUGGCCUCGAGCACCGGCCCGCGAUAUAACCCCAGCGACGACCUGCCGGCCAAUCCGUCGCUGCGCCAGCGCAUCUUCCACUAUUACAAAUGGUUCCUGCGGAAUGUGUACCCAUCUAUGAAUGCGGCAUACUACUUCUCCAUUCUGGCAUUCAACCUCGCGUACCUCUUCGACAAUACGAAGUACUCAUCCCCAUUCCUGUGGCUCAUCGGUACGCGGAUCCGUCGCCUCGGCGUCGCAGACCACCGCGCCAUAGCUGCAGUCUUAGAACCCAAGCCCGCGCCCGGCGCCGCGCGAUCUCGCCGUCCCGGUGGUGGCCUGCUAGGCCUUCUUAGCCCUCAGAAUCUUCACACUCAGCUUUUGAGCUCGCUGCGCUACUUCCUUCCCGCAUCAAUCUUCGCUCUGAAGUUUUUAGAAUGGUGGCAUGCUAGUGAUUUCUCUCGCCAGCUUGCUCGCAAGGCCACCGAGGUCCUGGACUUACCCGCUCCCGUUGUCGCAGGCCUGACUCCUCCUGCAGAACGACGGCAAUCGUCCAUUCAGGAUGAGAAAGAAAAGGCCAAGAAGCAGGCCGAGAAGAAGAGUCCUGCGGGCGACUUGAAACCAGCACUCAAGUCCCCACGCCGCCAUCAGCCACCCAUCUCUGCUACUUCCUAUCUUCCCAUCUACACAGUGUCAUUGCCUCCGGCUGAUCCCUCGAGCGCAAAUACUUGCCCGGUCUGUAUGGGGCCACUUGUCAACCCGACGGCUUGCCAAACUGGGUAUGUGUUUUGUUAUGUGUGCAUAUUCCACUGGCUUAAUGGUGAGCACCAACGUCAACUUGAUUUCAUGAAUGGCGAGGGCGCUGGUGCACCUUGGGAAGAGGAGAUCACCGGUGAUGACGAAGAGACAAAGAAAGAUGAUUCCGAGGAGAGCCCCCGCAAUCGGUCAGGCAAGUGGGAGAGUGGCAAAGGCAGGUGCCCCGUCACGGGGAGGAGAGUGCUUGGGGGUACUGAAGGAUUGAGGAGAGUCUUGAUAUAA